AUGCAUGGGCAAACAAAGGGCCUCGCGUAUGCGAUUUUCUACCCACUUCUGGCAGUUCUAGGUGUUCCAGGUAAUCUAACGACAAUUGUGAUCCUGUCCCGCGGAAGAUGCAGUCUUUCUAGAUGUAUUACUCGAUACUUGGUGGGGAUGGCAGUGACGGAUCUCCUGGUUCUUAUCAUAGCGGUUAUAUUAAACCGGAUGAGUGUCAUUUACCUCCCGGUAUUUUUCCUCUCCACCACUCCGGUGUGUAGCCUAAAAAUAGCUCUGAUAUACGCCGCUAGAGAUAGCUCAGUUUGGUUAACGGUCGCUUUCACCUUUGAUCGCUUUGUAGCGAUUUGUUGCCAGAACUGGAAAACAAAAUAUUGCACGGAGAGAAUGGCACGUAUGGUUAUCGCAGCCGUCUGUGCUGUGAGCUGUGUGAAAAACAUACCAUGGUACUUUGUUUAUGAACCUUUAUAUAUAAUUGACGGUGACCCGUGGUUCUGCAACAUUAAAUCAAGUUUUUAUUCGGAACUAUUCUGGGCAGCUUUUGAUUGGAUUGACCGCAUUUUAAACCCCUGUGCCCCAUUCCUCGUGAUGUUGUUACUCAAUGCAUUGACUGUCAGAAACAUUCUCGUGGCGAACAGAGCCCGCCGGAGACUCCGGGUCCAGAAUACUGGAGACAGGCAAAACGAUCCGGAGAUGGAAAGCCGAAGAAAGUCAAUCGUUUUACUCUUCACCAUCUCUGGAAGUUUUUUGGUAUUAUGGACCCUGUAUGUUGUACAUUUCUUUCACGUGAGAUUUACAAACAAUAGUUAUUCGACAGGCUCGAAUCUCAACGACCCCUGGUUUAUUCUUCAAGAAACAGGAAAUAUGUCGCAGCUUCUGAGCUGCUGCACAAACACUUGUAUUUACGCGGGUACUCAAACGAAAUUCAGAGAGGAAUUCAUAAAUGGUUUGAAAUAUCCGUUGAUUCGAAUUAGGAAACAGACCCAGGAGUGCGGGGCCAUUCGAGCGCAUGGAUCUUCCUCCGGGAACACCGAGCGAGAGGGAGAGAGACCGUCACAUGCAGAUUCCUACCUCCGACAAAAGCGAGCAGACACCUCCUCCUGCAGAAGCGAACGUGAGGUCAUUGACGGCGCUGAGCACCCGUUCGCCUUCCGCUCAAACGUCGAUUAUUUCAAACUUCCCCGACGCAUUAGUCGUCGAGCUCGGCGAGAAAUAGAGUCAAUAAUGAGCUCUCGCUCUGUCUCCAGGCUUCUUGGCCUCGAAACUUAA